AUGUUUGUCCGGCCAUCAAUCAGCCUCCAUUCGGAUGAUGGAAACAGCGACAUUCGCACGCUCCUCGACCUGGUGGAGUUCCACGCGAGGCACAAUCCGGAACACACCUUCUGCAUCCAGGCCCGAAAGGCAGACAACAACGACGAGCGUGAGCGGGGAAUCAUCUCGUUUGUGGAGAUCACCUUUUCGCAGCUGAAGGAGGCCAUCCUGCAAUGUCAGACGUGGCUCACCGAGACGGUGCAGGAGCUGCAACUCCCUCGUCGUCCACAUGCGGACCAGGGCGUUUCCAAGGGACCGCCCAUUGCGCUGUUGAUGGAUAGCAAUGCCGGACUGGUCGUCCACCUGCUGGCCUUGACGGGACUCGGGGUGCCAGUGUUGCUCCUCUCGACUCCCCUUAGCGGCCCUCCGUCCAUCAUCUGCUCAGCAAGACGGGGGCGAAAGCUAUUCUGGUCUCUCCGCGCUUAUCGAAUUGCUCAAGAGGCAUUGGCUGACAGUAAUGUUCCAUCGCCAACUCGCUACCAGCCCAGGCCAUACGAUACGUUCCUGAAUCCAUCCGACAUGGACAUCCGGGGGCGAGACACUCGUCAUUUACUCCAUUACGUGUCGGAGGAGGACCGCGAUGUGCUCAUUCUUCAUUCUUCGGGGACGACCGGACUCCCCAAGCCAAUCUACACCUCGCAUCGCCAUUACCUGGGCUUUGCGCUCUGCCAUCAGUUCCAGGGCGAGGAUGAGAUGCGCGCGCUGACUUUGUCCACCUCUCCCCUGUUUCAUGGCUUUGGUUUACUGCCUCCGUGCCUCGCCUUGGGCAUAGGGAAACCUUUCUGUCUCCCAGCCGCGGGCACCAUCGCCACCGGUCGAUCGGUGGUCCAGCUGUUGCAGGAGAGCAAGGCCAAGUCGCUGCUGACGGUGCCGUCGAUCCUCGAGGAGAUUGCAUUGUUGCCGCAGGACGAGGGCAUCCACGCCUUACGGCAGCUGGAUUUUGUCGCCUUUGAAGGCGGCCUGCCCAAGGAAUCGAUCGGAGGCAAGUUGGCAGCAGCUGGCACAUUACCUGUGCUGUGCAACGGUCUGCCAGCCGCCAACAAGCCGGAUGCGGUGGCCGUCGACGAAAUGGAGCAGCCUUCCCCCGAGCAGAUUCGAAAGAUCAGUUCCCGGGCCCAGAUCGAGGCCGGCAACACCAGCCCUUGCCCGACGUAUCUGAUCCACGGCACUGAGGACGACUUGAUUCCGUGGCAGCAGUCGCAGCAUACCUACGAAGCGCUUGUCGCGGCGGGUAUUCCCGCGGGGAUCAGCAUCUUGCAGGAUGAGGGCCAUCUGUUUGAUAUCUUCAGCGAUGCGGAUGGGAAGAAAUGGGAGGCGGUGUUGGAGGGGUAUCGGUUUUUGUUCAAAUAUCUUGGGCGGGAGUGA